AGCAAACUGACAGAGAGUCAGACCUGCAGCCACCCUUGAGCUCCGCACACCCAUCUGUCUAAGUGGGGUGUUGACCACGAGCUGAAAAGAAGAAAGGCAGAAAAGCUGUUGUUUUAAAUAAAACCUAGACGUCAUCUAUGAUACUCUUAUUUAGUGAUUGAGACUGGGACCACAUCAAAGAUGGACGACAUUGAUGCCAUGUUCACAGACAUGCUGCAGGAGAUGGAUCUCCUCACGCAGAGUCUGGCAACUGACGCUCCAGAGCAUCAGCCCACCUCCAAGUCCAGCCAGGAACUCAACUUCUCUAUUGGCUUCACAGAUCUGAAUGCGUCACUUAAUGAGCUGGAGGAUAACGAUCUGGAUGCUCUGAUGGCUGAUCUGGUGGCCGACCUGAACGCCACAGAGGAAAAGUUUGCUUCCGAGAGGGGGGGCGUGAAAGAUUCCACGCCAGCUCCGUCUCUAAAUGUUCCAAAAGUUCAUUUUACCCCUGCAGCCCCCAUGGCCCCCCAACCCUCCCAGUCUAAAGCUGAACUGACCCGUUUACCCAGUAAUAUGUCUGGUUUGACCUCAACCACCAACAGCACUUCAUUACCACCUCUUCCAUCUUCAAACUCUAAACCUUCUAUGGAGGAAACAGAGGAACAGAUGAAAGCAGACAAAAUCAAACUCGCUCUGGAAAAGCUGAAAGAAGCCAAAGUGAAGAAGCUGAUAGUGAAGGUGCAGAUGACAGACGGAAGCACCAAGACUCUGAUGGUGGACGAGAGACAGACGGUGAGGGACGUGUUGGACAACCUGUUUGAAAAAACACACUGUGACGGCAACGUGGACUGGUGCGUGUGUGAGACCAACCCUGAGCUGCAGACAGACCGAGGCUUUGAGGACCACGAGAACCUGGUGGAACCUCUCUCAGCAUGGACACGGGACAGCGAGAACAAAGUGGUUUUCCAGGAGAGGAAGGACAAGUAUGAGGUUUUUAAAAAUCCACAGAACUUUUAUUUGUGGAAGAAGGAGAAGAAGUCACUGAAGGACAUGAAAGAUAAAGAUAAAGAGCUGCUUCUGGAGGAGAACUUCUGCGGGCCGUCAGUGAUCGUGCCUGAUCUGGAAGGAGUGCUACAUCUGAAAGAGGAAGGCAAGAAAACCUGGAAGCCUCGAUACUUCCUGUUGCGUGCCUCUGGACUGUAUUACCUACCCAAGGGGAAGAAUAAGGCAUCUAAAGACAUGGUGUGUCUUGUGCAGUUUGAUAAUAUGAAUGUGUACUACUGUGCCGACUACAAAACCAGAUACAAAGCCCCUACUGACUACUGCUUCAUCCUCAAGCAUCCUCAGAUCCAGAAGGAGUCUCAGUACAUCAAGUACCUGUGUUGUGAUGAUGAAUGGACCAUGAACUUGUGGGUUACGGGGAUCCGUAUUGCAAAGUAUGGUAAGACAUUAUAUGAGAACUAUAAGACUGCUAUGAGAAAAGGUUCAUCGCUCUCUUCAGUUUGGACAAACCGGAACCUCCAGCCAAGUCCUUCGUCCUCCACCGCAUCCACACCAUCUCCAACACCGAAAGCCAAAGCAGCUAACGGACACGCUCCUCAGCCUCAUUCAGAGCCGGUGCUCAAGGCCCCAGCUAUGAUUCCACCACCUCCAGCUGAAGUCCUGCCCCCUCCACCAAAUCCUGAACACUCCAUGCCUGUAAAGAAGAAGCUCCCACCGCUCACCCCUCAGCGUGCCAUGCCCUCUUUCCCUGCUCCAACAUCAGACUUUCCGCUUCCUCCGCCUCCGAGUGACGACAUGGAGCUUCCUCCUGAUUUCCUACCGCCACCUCCUCCCAUCAUGUCAGAGGAGUUUCCUCUGCCUCCUCCCAUGAUGUUGGGAGAGCUUCCACCGCCUCCUCCAGAUUCGUUCCUCCCUCCUCCUCCAGCUAUAGGCGGAGAUCAUCUUCCGCCACCACCUCCUCCUCCUCCAGCUAUAGGCGGAGGUCCUCCUCCGCCACCACCUCCUCCUCCUCCAGCUGCAGGUGGAGGUCCUCCUCCGCCACCUCCUCCUCCUGCUACCGGUGGAGGUCCUCCUCCACCACCUCCUCCUCCACCUUCCGGAGGAGGAUUCAAUCCCUCCAGAGCUUCUCUGAGGAAAGUUGCACCUCCGCCUCCAAAGAGGACUACGCCGUCAGUAGCGGCUCCCUCCGGUGGUGACUUCAUGUCAGAACUCAUGGUGGCCAUGCAUAAAAAACGCAGUGGGCCGUGAACCUGUGGUAAAUUCAGCCUUGUCUCUACAGAUUAAACGACUUCUGACAAUGCACGUGCUGUAAAUAUGAGAAUUUGUCUGGAUCAAUGAGGACUUAACUAUCAGUUAUUACAAUUAUUAAUAUUACAAUAAAUGUAGCACAAAUGUA